GAGGCGGAAGGCGCUGCCCGCAUGGCCGCGGGGGGCGGCGGCAGGAAUGUGCCCCCGGGCAGCGGCCCCCGCGACGGCAUGAGGCGGGAUGGUGGCACCGAGCCCUACUGGUCCAGGAGUGUCUGCACGGCCACUGUGUUGGUGCCACGUCAGUCAGUCCUGCUUGUGGAGGUCACUGUAAAUUAAAGCUGUAGGCAGGCCCCAGUGCCGUGUGUGGACGGCGAUGCUGCUGCUGGGGACGUGCCUGCUGUACUGUGCCCGCGUGGCCGUGCCCAUCUGCGCCGUGGCUCUCAGCUCCUACUUCGGCUGGGACAAGAAGCAGUUCGGCGUGGUGCUCAGCAGCUUCUUCUGGGGCUACUGCCUCACACAGAUCCUCGGGGGACACAUCAGUGAUCAAAUAGGAGGUGAGAAAGUUCUUCUCCUUUCAGCAUCAGCCUGGGGGCUCCUCACAGUGCUCACCCCGCUGCUCACCCACAUCACUUCAGCCCAUCUGGUUUUUAUGACCUCCUCCAGGUUCCUCAUGGGGCUGCUGCAAGGGGUGUACUUCCCAUCACUGGCCAGCCUGCUGUCACAGAGGGUCCGGGAGGGCGAGCGAGCCUUCACCUACAGCACAGUGGGGACUGGAUCACAGUUUGGAACGCUGCUGAUCGGUGGUGCAGGGUCUCUCCUCCUGGAUUGGUACGGCUGGGAAAGUGUUUUCUACUUCUCUGGUUUGCUCACUUUGCUCUGGGUUUAUUGCACCUGCAAAUAUCUCCUGAGUGAGAAAGAACUCACCAUCCCCAUAAACUAUUUAACGAGAGGCCUCUCGAUACCCAAGCAGACCAAAGUUCCCUGGAAGCAGCUGUUUAGGAAGGCACCCAUCUGGGCUGUCAUCAUCGCUCAGCUCUCCACGGCCAGCACCUUCUUCACUCUCCUCUCCUGGCUGCCAACUUUCUUCAAGGAAACUUUUCCCGAGUCUAAGGGUUGGGUGUUUAAUGUAGUCCCCUGGCUGGUUGCAAUUCCGACGAGCUUGUUCAGUGGAUUUCUGUCUGAUCAUUUAAUUAGUCAAGGGUACAGAACCAUCACCAUUCGUAAGUUCAUGCAGGUCAUUGGCUCUGGUGUCUCAAGCAUUUUUGCUUUGUGCCUGGGCCAGACCUCCAGUUUCUGCAAAGCAAUAGUGUUUGCCUCAGCCUCAGUUGGACUGCAGACCUUCAACCACAGUGGCAUUUCAGUAAACGUGCAGGACCUGGCCCCCUCGUGUGCUGGCCUGCUCUUUGGGGUUGCAAAUACAGGUGGAGCCCUCCUAGGUGUUGUUUGUGUGUACCUGGCUGGGUACCUGAUCGAGACCACUGGCUCCUGGAUUUCAGUUUUCAACCUGGUGGCUGCUGUGAAUGGCAUUGGGCUCUGCACAUUCCUCCUGUUUGGAGAGGCCCAGAGGGUGGACACAGACUCUGUGUACAUGGAUCUCUAGAGAUGAGCCCAAGAAGAGCUGAAGGACAGGAGAGUGUCACAUCUAUGAGUUAUUCUUGCACAAGUGCCAAAGAACAUUUUACUUUUUAUUUAGUUGUUUUAACAGGAAAAAAUAUGCUGAAACCAAGUACAUAAUGGGUCUGGAUGAAACCCAUGGGAGAAAGAAAUUUAGAGUUCAUUUUUUUGCUCAGGGCUGUAGCUGGUGGCUUGCAGAGCCACCCAGCUCAACAUCUCCAGUGAGGAUAUGUCUGUGGGACCAGUUUGUCCCAGUCUGUGUCUCGUGGACAAAUAUCCUUGUGGCCAAAGCAGCUGACCUGGUCUAAGUCCUGAGGCUGCUGUGGUUCCAUGCCCUCUUGAGGGGAGCUGCUUCUCCGUGUGGCAGUGGGGCUCCCCUGCUCUGCUGUCCUGGGACCCCCUGGCCCUGGGGCUGCAGUGCCACCAGGUGUCCUGUGAGGUGUGACAGGAGCAUCCCAGCAGUGCCUCUGCCCUUAACCCCCUGUGCCUUCCUUCUGCAGGUCCCAGCAGGUGUGCAGGGUUGUGGGGUGAAUUCCAGGCUUCCCUUUGGGGGGUGUUUGGAUGUGUGCCAGGGCCAUGGGGCUGUGUCACUGCUGUGUCACAGAGCGGGGACAAGGUCCAAGCCAAGCCUGGCUGUGCUCAAGACCCAAGGUCUCCCUUCUCUCCCUGAUGGCUUCACCCCAGCCCUGAGCCCAGGUGGGCCAGCUCCACCACGAGAGCAGAGCUGAGCUGUCCCCAGGGGUCAGGCUUAGCUGGGCUGACCUUGCAGUGCAGCUCCAGCCGAGGAAUCCCUCUGGAGCUGUUUUGUCAAAUGCUGUGAAUGUAUGGGAAGAACCAGUCACACUCUGUGCUGUGGAUCUCCAACUCCCAAAUGCUUUCUGCAUGAUUAAACUUGUCCUCCACGUGCUCUCAAAGGGCUGAGGAAGACUUUCCAAAGAGCUUGGCAUGGGCAGGUUUUGUUUCUAUGUUAAGCAUAAAUCAAUUUUUUACAUUGGGCGUCCAUAGGGAUGUGGAUUCCCUGAGUCAGAGGGAAAUACUUGGCUGUAGACACCUCUGAGCCUGAAUGUCUUAAAGUUAUUUAUAAAUAUUUUAAAAUUUAAGCACCAAAUCCUAUAUUUUAUGUACUUGAGGCCUGAUUCUGCAUGCUUGUUUUGAGUGGUGCUCCCACCAAAUCCAAAACUAUUUCUCAAAGGGGAGGAUCUACCAGCCUCCAGUGUUUGGUUCUGUAGGAUCAGUUUUAAAGAUGAAUUUCAAAUUAAAGGAAUUCAUUGCUUCUCCUCCAAUUCCUUGAUUGCAACCUGAAACGAUCUCUUUGGUUUCUCCAGUGCUUACCAGCAGACUCAGGCUGAGCAGCAGGUUUCCCAAGGACCUUGCAGUGCAGGAAAUCUAUAGGUUCAGGUGGAAAAAAAAUCCCAUUAUCUUCUUUUUCACUUUUUUUUUUUUUUUUUUCUUUUGCCAAAUUUCCAAAUUUCUUCUUGGAAGACCUGCUGGAGCCAUGUAAAGUUUCUGGUUUGUAGUGAAAAUGCUGACAGCUUUUUAAUUGCAGAGACACUAGUGGGCAUCACUAAGCUGAGCUGAUCCACUUGCUGGGCAGAGUUAGAGAUAAGGAUGCAACUGCCUGAUGUCUUCCCAAGAGAAUAAAGAAUCAAUGUGGCCUGACUGGGGACAGAGGGAUAAGAAAGUAUUUUAUUUUACUCCUUCUGUGCUCUUUUUUUCUCUCAAAGGCCAUUUGCUACCAUAGGUACCACUCUGUAUUGGGGUGCUGCAGAGCCAGGAGUUAGGGAGGCUGCUGGGAGCUCUUAAAUCAGUGGGUAAAUUGGGAAAAACACCCAGUAACAACAAACACAAACACAGCCAGGCUUGCCAAAGAGCCCCGAGGCUGUGCAGCCAUCUCUGUCAGCUUGUCCUUUGUCCAGUCUGAGCAGAUUGCUUGCAUGGCCUUUUCUAUAGUGACAGAAAAAACCCCACCCUAUGGGUUUUGUGGGGUUUUAGAGUAUCUUUCCUGACCAUUCAGUGCUGCAGGUCAGGAGCACAAGGGGUCAGUUCUGGUUCCUUUGCUGGCUGCACCAUUUCUUGUGGAGGAGCUGAUGAGUUUAAAUCACGUUUGAAUCAGGCUGUGUGGCCACCCCUCGGAUCUGCCAGCUGGGAAAUUGAAACAGAUCUUCAAAGGAAAAUGUUUGGCUGUGCCUUCUCUGUGAAUCCAGCUGACUUUGCAGUGAGCUGUCCGAGUUAUCUGCCUCUGUAACUGGCUAAUAAGUGAAAUGUUUGACCUACACUUGAGGCUUGUGUUUCAUUGUCAUCUUACCUCUUUGGUGAGGUAUUGAAACCGGUUUCAUAUCUGUACUGUUACUUGUUUAAGCCAAAGCUUGUGGUCUGCCAGUUUUUGCUAUGGAAGGACCUAAAAAAAUAAAGGCAGCGAGUCAUUUGAAAA